AUUCAAAAUAACAAUCUAGACCGGUUGAAUUUUCGUAAUUUCUAAUAAGUUUAAUACAACUAGUUUGGUAACGUAUAUUAAUAUUUUUACCAUAUCUACACCGUACUUUUUGUUUGUUGGUCAGAGAAAAUAGAAAAUACAAAAAAAUGUCUGACGAUGAAGAAAUGGUACCUAGGCAGAUUAGGAAUAAAAUUAUUCAUUACGGUAGUUUAGAAGAGAAUAUCGCCUCAAUCCGAAACAGUGCGGCCAGCGAGGCUGCAAAAAUCAGCAAACAUGAAGUCUUGGAAACAACAGAUUUUAUGGAUAGUGAAGUUAGGCAAGAACAGCUGGAGGAAUAUGAGAAACGUAAGAAGGCUCGUCUUAUACACGUCUCUACUGAUGACUCGGAAGUGAAAGCCCAGCUGAGACAAUUGGGAGAACCAAUUUGUUAUUUCGGUGAAGGCCCGGCUGACAGGAGAGAUCGAUUGAGGGAGUUGUUGGCCCUUAGGGGACAGAAUCUUCUGAAGAAAAAGAAAGAGGAGCUGGCCCCUAAGAAGGCUAAACAAGAGUCGGAAAAGGUAACAUGGUACCACGAGGGUAAGACUUCAUUGCAAGAGGCACGAGCCUGGAUAGCUAACUACUCCAUAAUCAGAGCAGCUGAAAGGAUAAAGAUUGCGAAAGAAGAGAAACUUCUACCGACCAGUGUUGUCAACACUAAGCUACAAGAUCUAUUCAAACGUAAUAGGAUGACGUCAUUAAUAUUCAGCCAAAUAGCAGACUCCAGGCCAAUAUCUUACUGCUCAUUCUCACCUAACAGUGCAUUACUGGCUACUGCCUCGUGGAAUGGACUUUGCAAACUCUGGUCUAUACCUGAAUGUGAAGAGUUAAGGGUUCUCAGAGGCCACAGCACUCAAGUCGGCUGUGUGUCAUUCCACCCACAGUCAACUCUAUCCAUAUCUGAAGAUUGCUGCAAUCUAGCUACAUGUGCACACGAUGGCACUGUGAAGUUAUGGUCUCUUAAGGGUGAGACACCGAUGGACAGCAUCGAAGGCCAUGAACCAAACAGGGUGACCAAGGCAGUCUUCCAUCCAUCGGGCAAAUUCUUGGCUACUUGCUGUUUUGAUAGCUCCUGGCGUUUUUUUGACCUUGAACUUAAAGAAGAAAUUCUGCAUCAAGAAGGUCAUUGCGGUCCAGUUUAUGAUAUAUCAUUCCAGUGUGAUGGUUCGCUAGCUCUUACUGGUGCAACGGAUUCGUUUGGGAGGCUGUGGGACUUGCGGACUGGGAGGUGUGUCAUGUUCCUGGAGGGCCAUCUCAAGUCCAUCCUUACCCUUGACUUCUCGCCAAACGGGUACCAGGCAGCAACGGGUAGCGAGGACCAUUCAGUGAAGAUCUGGGAUAUGAGGCAGAGAGGCUGCCUGUAUACCAUACCCGCCCAUACUAACAUCGUGUCUAGAGUCAGGUUUCAACGGAACACAGGUCUGUAUUUAGUUAGCUCUUCUUAUGACAAGACCGCAAAGAUCUGGAACCACCCUAAUUGGUCGCCCUCCCAGGCCCUGGCAAGUCACGAGGGCAGGGUCAUGUCAUGUGACGUGUCAGCUGACGACAAGUACAUUGCCACCACUACCUACGACAAAUCGUUCAAGUUGUGGUCGCCCGACUAUAAUUAGCUAUAAUAAUUGUCAUAAUUAUUGCUAUUUAUUAUUGUUAUUAUUAUUUGUUUAUUAUGAUUUGAACAGGAUUAAACUGUUUCAUUAAGAAGACAGUUAAUAAUAAUAUUUGUAAUUUGUUAGUAGCAAAUGUUUGAUCAUCGAUUGAAUGAAAAGUUGGAAGUGAA